GACAGGGAGGUAAGAUAGCUGAACCCUUUGCCUACGCAAAACUGGCAACCAGGGGAGAUGCUCUGCCGCCAUUUUACAUCACGAGCGAAUAUGUCAUGGAAAGAGAUCAUUCUGGGAACCCUAGAAGGAUCGAAGUGACGCUGGGGAGGAGUCCUCCGCAGGGACAAGAGGGAGCGGGAGCGUUCCGCGCAAACUUUCACAUUGGGCAGAAGAUGAAGAUCAGCAAGAUGCAUGCUUCCUUAUACUGGAAUUCAGACGACGAGAAGUUUUACAUCAAGAGCAUCUGCAAGAAUGCAGUGAAGGUGGACGGGGUUAUCUACCCCGGAUCCCCGGAUGGAAACAGCGGAAAGCCAGCACCUCUGCAGAGGCAGUCGAAGAUCGAGAUCGCAGAUGGAGUUCCAAUCUAUUUCCUCCUUCCGUUGAGUAUGAAUUGUUGAGCUGUAGAAACGUUGUUCUGAAAUCGUCAAAGCGCCAUCCUCGAUGCCCAGAGCGCUUGCUGCGAAGCCGAAACUUUCCUAUGAGCAAAUGGUGUCGUCUGUGAGUUCUAGACUGCAUGCUUGGAGCAGGAGGCUCAUGGUUGCCAGGUCCUCGAACCUGAUCUUAAACUUUCCUUUGAAGAAAUAUGGGAAGCCAUCCAGCAAAAGUACCCCUACUUUGCAAGUGGUAAACCUAUCAUUGAUUG